AUGAUUAUUAUUACAUUUUAUGUGCUUCCUUUCCCUUCCUUUUUGUUUAUUAGGGCAGACUAUGAAUACCAACUGACUGUGCGCCCUGACCUCUUCACAAAUAAACACACCCAGUGGUACUAUUUCCAAGUCACUAAUACCCAAGCAGGAGUAGUCUACAGAUUCACAAUUGUCAACUUCAUCAAGCCUGCUAGUCUUUACAAUCGGGGUAUGCGCCCACUGUUCUAUUCUGAAAAAGAGGCCGACACUCAUCAUAUUGGCUGGCAGAGAAUAGGAGACCAAAUCAAGUAUUAUAGGAACAACCCUGGGCAAGAUGGGCGCCAUUAUUUCUCUCUUACAUGGACAUUUCAAUUUCCACACAACAAAGAUACCUGCUACUUUGCUCACUGCUAUCCCUACACUUACACCAACCUGCAAGAAUACCUUUCUGGCAUCAAUAAUGAUCCAGUACGGUCUAAGUUUUGUAAAAUACGUGUUUUGUGCCACACGCUUGCUAGGAACAUGGUGUAUGUUUUAACAAUCACUACCCCUUUGAAGAACGCUGAUUCAAGAACCCGAAAGGCCGUGAUUUUGACUGCAAGGGUCCAUCCGGGGGAAACCAACAGCUCAUGGAUUAUGAAAGGCUUCCUAGAUUAUAUUUUAGGAGACUCAAAGGAUGCGCAAUUGCUUCGGGACACUUUCGUCUUCAAGGUGGUACCUAUGCUGAAUCCAGAUGGUGUGAUUGUGGGAAAUUAUCGGUGUUCUUUAGCUGGACGGGAUUUAAACCGUAAUUAUACAUCUCUCCUGAAGGAAUCUUUUCCUUCUGUAUGGUAUACCCGGAACAUGAUUCGUAGGUAAAAUAAGCUUCAAGUUACCUCUAUGCUUAUUUAGUAAAGUUGGUAGUAAGAAUUUUGCUCCCACAGUCCCACUCAUUUUACUCUAACUUUUCUGAAGACCGUUUGCUAUAUAACUACUUUAUUUUUCCCCCAUUCUUCCCAACUCAGAUUCUAUACCCUUCUGGCAUUAUGCCAGGAGAUUCACUAGCCUUCCUUUAAAUAGUGAAAUGCACUCCAGAAUGUUUUGGUGGCUCUGUGAAACUAAUAGUUAAACUUGAAUAUCCCAAAUUUGGUUUCUUGAAAAAGCUAACAGUCCACUGAUGUUCACACUAGGAUCUUUGAAUCCUUUAUACGAGAAAAUUAAUUACAUCUCGCAGAGCCUUCUGGCACUGUGUUACUCAUGGAUGGCUCUGUGAGUCUUUUGUUCAUCAGGUUACAUACUCAGUUACACUUAAAUGAAUAAUAGUCUCAUUUCCCCCUCCCCCAAAAUUGAACAGUUUGCAUUUUCUAGAAUUUAAGAAUCUAGAACAGUAAAAUGCACAUAACAUAAUUAUUUGUUGAAUAAUUGGGUGAAUUAUUUGAUAGAUUAAGGUGAUAAUCAGGAAUAUAAAUGUGCUGCAGUGGAAAGAUUUAUUGGAUUCACAGAUCAUCCAUUCCAAGUUCUUCCAAGUUCAGGACCUCUUAACCUUUUUGGAGUUAAGCAUAUCACAUUGAAAUUCCUGCUAUGUCAUUUAUUAACUAUGCAAGCUGUGCAGUUUAGAAACCAGCAUCAGUCUCAGUUUCGUCAUUUAUAAGGUAAUUCCUCAACACUGGGAGGACCAAAUGUGAAAAUUAUUACUAAAAUACUCAGAAUAGGAUCUGGGACACUGAAAGCGUAAAACGUAUUCAGUGUUUCCUCAAAUGUAAAAAGAAAGAAGUUGUUAAUUUUAAGCAGAUGUAGAUAUGAAAACUAUUUGUAAACAAUUUGGGGUUGUUCAAAUGUUACAAUGAUUAGUAUUUCUAUGGAGAAUGCUUAUAUCCUUGUCUAGGCUUUUGUUACCAGUAGCCCUCACAGGGCAAGCACAUAAGAACCCUGUUACAAAUCUGAGGAUCCUAGGGGUGCCUCCAGGUCCUCAAAGGAGCUGACAGGUUUUAGGAAAUAGUUACUUCUACUGUCCUGGACAGUUCAGCCUUAACUUUCACUUUUCUAUCAUUUUAUAUCUGCUUAGGAACACAGGGAGUAUGUUCACAGAGCUCCACAAUGAGGAAUGAAAACCCUUGUUUUAUGCCCCUCCCAGAUGUGAAUUCCAGGAUUUCUUGGAUG